AUGACUAUGCGACGUCGUACAGUGCAAUGCCGCAUCGUCAAUUGCUACGUGGAGGGUGAAAUGGGGGUCAAUGGCAAUGGUGACGAUGGCAGAAUGGUGUUGGUGUUGCGGGUUUUACUGUCCUUGGGAGACAGAGGAACAUCAAACGAGCAGGAGAACAAGAGAAAUCGGGGAGGGGGAACAGCGUUUCGCAAUCGGGCUACGCGCAAACCCCCCCGCCCUCAACAUCUAGAUUGCAAUCUGGCACUGAUCGAUAUUCAGAUUGUGAUUCCAGAACAAUUGGGCUCCACUGAAAUUGUGCAUGGACAGCUGUCACUCGAUUGCGCGCUGCCAUCUGCACCCCCGUCUGGGAUAUUCCAGGCGCACAUCGCCAAAACAACCGAGGGUAUGCCAGACUCGGUCCUUGGGUGUGUCAAAAUGGUUUGUAAAGUGGGCUCCCCACCCGCAGCCCCAAGCCCCAAGGGCAAACUUUCCAAUAUUCAAUAUUCUCAACGAAAAAAAAAGAGUCGCGACAUCCAGCCCUGGUCUUCCGCGUCGGCAAUGUUGUGCGUUAAAGAUUUGUGGUUUUUGUGGAGUUUGACCGACCCCAUCCGAUUGUGUUACCUGAGCCAGAAGCCGCGCGCACCCACCCACCCCAUCGGCGGUCUCCCCACAGCUCGCACCCGCAACUCCGAGACGGUCUCGAUCGCCCUCCCCGUGUAUCGGGCGUCUCCGACCCUGCCGUUUCAUCCAUCACAAAGGAGAGCAUUGCGCAAGCACACAUGCCAACUCAUCUCCCCGCACUUACCAGGGCCCUCUUUGGAUUACACUUACUACUACGCUCUGUUCAACCCGGUCCCCCCCCUUUACUUUGCUUUGUUUCCACUGCCCAGCCAGUACUGCCAGCGUGUCCACCCUUUCUCCGGCGUGAUCGUCGAACACCCUAACUCUACCCUCUCUCCCCUUCCCGUCGUCCCCACCUCCCUCACCCCCAAAUGA